GGCACCGAACCACAAACCCACACAGAGGCGCACGGAGUUCUUGUCGAAGGACGUUUUUCGCUUGCGAUUUGCACAAUAAAGUUAUUUCAUGUGAAAUCUUUCUUCCAAAUUUUUUUGUUAAUUUGUGUAGUUGUGUUUUGUUAAAUAAUUUAAAAAUGACAAAUAAUUUUAGUAAAUUAGUCACAAGAAAUAAUGCUGUCGGUGCAAGUGCGCUGGCCACAAUUUUGUGGAUUCUGUACCGCAGAAAGAAACAACCGAAAUCUAGAAAAAUUGUGAAGCCGGAUUAUCAAAUUCAUUAUAUGAUCGCUGAAAAACGUGACAAGAAGGGUGCAAAAGCACACGUAAAUGCCUUAUUUGUCAAACAUUUGAGACAGCUCUUAGGAAUCGUCAUACCAGGAAUAUGGAGCGUAGAAAGUGGGUUUCUAGUAUUAGUAGCAGCUUCAUUAAUUGCAAGAUCCCUUUGCGAUAUGUGGAUGAUACAAAAUGGCACAUUAGUUGAAAGUGCUAUUGUUAAUAUGGACAAAGAAUUAUUCCAAAAGCGAUUGCUAAGGUAUUUUGGUGCAAUGCCUCUAAUUUCAGUAGUUAACAAUGUACUAAAAUGGAGUAUAGGAGAAUUAAAAUUAAGACUUCGGACUAAUAUGACCCAUCAUCUGUAUUCGCAAUAUUUAAAGGGUUUUACAUAUUAUAAAAUGUCGAAUUUGGACACUCGCAUAGCAAAUGCAGAUCAGUUGCUGACGACCGACAUUGAUAAAUUCUGUGAUACAGUAGCUGAUCUUUAUGGAAAUAUUUGCAAACCCAUUUUGGACAUCAUAAUAUAUGUGUAUAGACUGACAGCAAAUUUGGGUGGACAGACGCCGUCUCUUAUGUUAGCCUACUUGUUUGUAUCCGGAGUUUUCUUGACGUACCUGAGGAGACCUACAGGAAGGAUGACCGUAACAGAACAGAAACUUGAAGGCGAAUUCAGAUAUGUUAACAGUCGACUUAUUACGAAUUCUGAAGAGAUAGCAUUUUACAACGGAAACCACCGUGAGAAACUUACAGUUCUCGCCGCUUUCAAGAAACUCACCGACCAUUUAAGAAAGUUCUUGGAAUUCAAAGUAUUUAUUGGCGUUAUAGAUAAUAUAGUAGCAAAAUAUUUUGCAACAUUUGUUGGCUUCCACGCAGUUUCAAUGCCUUUCUUCAAAGCGGAUCAUCCAUUACUCACCGGACAUAAUAAGACGGAACGAUUUAGGCACUAUUAUACUUAUGGAAGGAUGUUAGUAAAAUUAGCUGAAGCUAUUGGCAGACUUGUGCUGGCAGGCAGAGAAAUGACGAGACUGGCAGGUUUUACGUCUAGAGUUACUGAAUUAAUUGUGGUACUGAAGGAUUUGAAUAAUGGGCAUUAUCAAAGAACGAUGGUUACUGACUCAACUAAUGCUGAAGUGAAAUUAGUACCCGGCAGUGGUCGCAUGGUUUAUAAAGACAACAUUAUCAAAUUUGCAAAUGUUCCAUUAGUUACUCCCAAUGGAGAUGUUCUGGUCAAAGAGCUAAGCUUUGAAGUAAAUUCUGGUACAAAUGUUCUUGUAUGCGGACCCAACGGUUGUGGCAAGUCAAGUUUGUUCCGCAUUCUUGGAGAGCUAUGGCCUUUGUGGGGAGGUUCAAUGACCAAACCUCCUUCAGGAAAACUGUUUUACAUACCUCAAAGGCCUUACAUGACUUUAGGAACUCUUAGAGAUCAGGUUAUAUAUCCCCACACGCGUGAGGAGAUGCAACGUCGUGGUAAAUCUGAUGAUGAUUUAACAUCCUAUUUGGAACUGGUGCAAUUAACACAUCUUCAGAGCCGCAAGGAUGGUUGGGAUGCCGUCGAGGAUUGGAUAGAUGUUUUAUCAGGAGGCGAGAAACAGCGAAUUGCGAUGGCAAGAUUAUUCUAUCACAGACCUCAGUUUGCUAUAUUAGAUGAAUGCACUAGUGCGGUCUCUGUUGAUGUUGAAGGAAGCAUGUAUCAAUAUUGCAGACAGGUUGGAAUAACACUGUUCACUGUAUCGCACAGAAAGUCUUUGUGGAAGUACCACGACCAUGUUCUGCAAUUUGAUGGACAAGGCAACUACACAUUUGGGCCAAUUGAAAGUGAUACUGAAGAGUUUGGAUCAUGAGUCAGAUUUUUAGUUUAAACGGCAAUUACAACAUAGAAAAAUCAUAAUCUUGUGUAUUAUUUUGGGUCAACACAUAUUUAGUUAAGACUCAUUUAUUAAUCAUAAGAUAUCGCAAUUAGGUGAAAGCUGGUUCUUCAACCUUACAAAAAACUAUUCAAGUUCAGCAUGCAUGUGCAAUAUAUUUUAUCAACAAUCUUUUUCUAUUUGUUUUUUAAACAGUUAAUGUUGAAUUUUUUUAAAGAAAUUUAUAGGUAAUUAUGUAAGAAAAAGGAACUGAAAUAUGUAUUUAUGAAUAUAAAUACUGUUAAAAUGUUUUAUAGGGAUUAUAAUUUUAUUAACUAAGGCCACACAUGAAAAAUAAGUUUAUUGUUGAGUGUGGUAUAAUACUAAUCGCAUUGUAUUCAGGUAUUAAUAUGAGUUAUAACGCGUUGAGAGUAAUUGGCAUAAAGUAAUCAGGACAUUCUACCAAAAUCAUGACCAAAUAUAAUCGACAAAAUCAAUCAAUUAAACAAAGUAAUAACAGCAAGUAAAUAUAUUAGGGUUACGAAUUAUUAUGUUUGGCCAGUUCAACAAAUUGUUAGAAUACAGUUUUGUAUGAUAACAUUAUUAUUUGUUUCUUUUAUUUGAUAAUAAUCAAAUAAAAAUAACUAUUUUGGUUAAGUUUUUGAAGACUAACAAAUUUAAGUUUUCGAAUCAAUGGAUUUGUAAUAUGGUUUAUCAAG